AUGGUAUCGGAGGUAUCAUUGAGGAGCAGCAGACAAUUUGCAAAGAAUGAAAAAGAGGGCAAAGAUAACCGUAAUACAGAUGAUGACUCAAAUACUCCAGGCUGUGAUUUAGGAGGUGAUGCAGAUGAUGGCUCAAUUGCCCCAGGUGGUGGCGAGGGAAAUUAUGACAAUGGGAACGUUUCCGCUGGAAACAAUCACUUCAUCUUCCCCUAUCAUCACUCCAUUAUUCCGCUGUUUCGGUCACAAUAA